AUGGCUGCAGUGAUGCUGUUUAUGCAACGUCAGGCUGAAAGUAGUGGUACUCUUGAGAAGACUCGUUCUGGGCGUGUCUGGUGGCAGUCUAUCGCUUACUAUCUCAUUGAGUUUGAUGUCAUCAGAAUCAUCUUGAUCACAGCGGCAUUCUCUCUAAUCCUGAUCCCAUUCAGCAUCGCCUCCUACGGCCCCAACGGAUGGGCGACUGGAUACAUCAUCGCGAUGGAAGUCCUGGGGGUAGCUACUUGGAACAACUACUUCAGCUCGUACCCACAAGUCGUCAACAGACUCGACAUCACGACAGCCAACUACGUCCUCAACGCUUUCUCCCUAACCUCUUUCGUCUUCAGCCCUAUCUUCAGCCUAGUAAUGAGCUGGACCGGCGACUUCAAAUGGACCGCCAUGGCUGGCGUCCCAAUCUUUCUUAGGAACAGCUCUGCUAGUCCCGUUCCGCGCACCAGACACACACGUCGGGAUAUUAACAAUGAUCCAAAUCCUCGUGGGACUCGGUAG